AUGGUAUGGCCUACCAUUGCGGUCAAGCGACCACUGGUGCUCCAAACCUUUAGCUCUAGUGAGAAGAGCCCGGUACUCGGACGAUUUUCUGUCCAGCUCUCGCUGCUUUUCAUGGAGUUGGUGCUGGGCAUGUGCUUCUAUCGACGCGCGGCGUUGUUGAAGGCUAUUGGAGGUGUCGAAGAAUCGGCUAGCAAAACUGUGGAGAUUUCCGGCCCAGAUCGGUCGCACCUAACGAUUGUCGACUUGCCGGGAUGUGGACACGGUGGAGUUGCUCCACAACGGAUGGGGUGCCAUAGCUCCACGCACAACCUACCCGAAGGAAUGCGGGAUCAAGACGAUGUUCGUGUACUACUGGUCAAGGUCAUCUCGAGUGGGGUCAUGCUGCGGAAGACUAAAGCCUAG